UACACUUUCGCUAUUAGCGAUUAAAACCGAUAAAAUGCAACCGGAAGCAAUACUGCUAACCCUCGCUGGGUUAAUAUCAGUCGUCUUAACAUCACCACUGGUUGGUAAACAGACGCCAAGCGUGCUGCAACAACCCGCUGCUGCUGCUGCUGCUGCUCUUGCGGUCGAAGGUGGCCCCAUCAACACAAGCCAAACAGUACAGGAAACACGGAUCCAGCGUUUGCAAACCUACUGCAGCUUGACUGCUCACUCUACCAGUUGCUCUACGUAUAAAGAAAUGAUGGGUAUCGCUGCCAGCUACAGAAUACCCCAGUUUGAGCAGCUAGUCGAUAAGGAUCUAUCGCGCACCCUGUCCCAAGCGGAAGAUGACAACUUCUGCGGCGAUCUGUCGAAAACGCUCAAACGAUUGUCUCAAAUUUUGAACACCCACACAGUGGGCCAGUACGAGAGAGUUCCUUCCUGUGUACGGUUGUGCUACGACGAAGACAGCAAGCUAACGGAUAUGUGUAGAGUGCUCUCUGCUGGAUACAAGCUGAUCCUACAAUCGAUUGACAAAAAAGAAAUCAAACACCAGUCGCCAGUGCAAGUCCCACCAGAAGGAGCGAAUAGUCCGGAUAGCAUAGCAAAUCAUUCCGGUUUUGUGAAGAUAGUUCCAGCAGUGGCCGAGAUGAAACGGCCACAGGAAGCGAUAAACGAAGUCAAAGAUAAGAAUCCGCUCCCCAUUAGCAAUGGUACUAUUGACAAGUCUGACAAGAAGGAAGAAUCGGACAAGAGCCUAAAUCCUGCUGCCAAACCCGUUCCGCCUGCUAGCGACAUAAUCAGUGCGAAAAAACCGGAAACAGAAGCAAAAACAGUCCCGGUGGGUGAUGGCAAUGUGGUUGCAAAAACGUCCGAAAAGGCGGCAUCCAAAGAACAGCCACCAGCUAUCCCGGUGGUGCAGGUGCCCCAGGAAGCUGUUGUGCAGGAGAAAAAUGAAGGCGAUUUAGUGCAACAGCAGCAACAGGGUGAUCUAGAUGCUGGCGGCGACUUGGGUCCGUUUGACGAUGAUCCUAAGCUGGAAGGCAACCUGGCGAAUGGUGAUGCUGCUGCUGGGAAAGCAGGUGCCACCCAAACGCAGUACGAAAAUUCGGACGAAUCGGAGGCUAUCGCUUCGGCAGAGGACGUCAACGAGAAUGGAGACGAUCUGGAGCUGAACAGGUUCCAACCGGACGGGAAACCGGCCGUACUACCGGAGAAGGAAAAACAAGGCGAAUUGUCGGAAAGUUCGAAAGCGAGCGACAUCGUACCCGGUGCGGAUCCGUUUUACGAACAGAAGGAUUCGAACUUUUUCCCCUACUUCCUGUUCGCUAUGUUUAGCUGUGCCAUGCUGUACGUGGCGUAUCAUAACAAAUCGAAGCUGCUGGCAUUGGUCGUGGAAGGGCGGCGGACAAGCAGCGGUCGAGGUGGAUUUAGUAAGGGGCGCAAGCAUACGGCGGCCUACCGGAAGCUGGACUCGAACCUGGAGGAAGCCAUCACAUCGGGUAGCGGUUCAGGUGGACAUUCUUCGACACAGAUCAUCUACUAA